AUGCGACCGGCACCGAAAAAUGUAUCCAUCAAAGCAAAUAUUUGUCUGUCACAAGUCAAUUCGUAUUGGAUAUAUUUAAUCGAAUUGGUUUCAUUCUGGACGUUUGCAUGUGUAGUUCUUUCUGAUAAAAUGAUCACAAAUGAUAAUAGUUCAAGUCAAAAAAAUGGUGAUACGAACUCAGUAGUGCAUUUCGAUUCCCGUCCAGUGUCAUCAGCUGAUUGUAGACGCGAUUGGGUUUUAUUAAAUGUCGGAGGCAAGCAUUUCAUGACAACACGUUCAACUUUAUCAAAGGAAGAAUCAUUUCUCGGUAGACUUUGUCAACAUGAACCUGAUCUCAAAACUGAUGUUGAUGAUAAAGGAGCCUAUUUAAUCGAUCGUGACCCAAACUAUUUCAAUGUCGUUUUAAAUUAUCUUCGGCAUGGUAAACUGAUCCUUGAGACCAAUCUCGUCGAAGAAGGCGUACUCGAAGAAGCUGAAUUUUAUAACAUCCGACCUCUGAUUGAACUUGUGAAAGAAAAAAUUCGCGAACGAGACAAGCGAAAAUUCAAUGAUUGUCGAACAAGUCGUGUAUAUCGUGUAAUUCAAUGUCAGGAAAAAGAAGUUACACAAUUGAUGUCUUCAUUAAGCGAUGGAUGGAAAUUUGAGCAGCUAAUCGGCCAUUCACCUGUCGGUUCAAGUUAUAUGUAUCCCGAAGGUGAAUUUUUAUGUAUUGUUUCCAAACAAUAUGAUCGAGGUACAAGGGAAGAUAGCAAUACUUCAGUCUCCGAACGAGUUAAAAUUUUACAAGAACGUGGCUCACGCAUGUGA